GUCUAUCUCAACUUGAGAGAUAAAAACGACGCAUUAUCGAAGGUCGCAGAGUCGUCGAUCCGGCAAUAGACCGCGUUGCCUCUGUGUCUCGCGUGCUUCGUGUGUAAGAGGAUAUGAAACGGAGUGUUUUUCGCCUCGCAGUUAGUGCCGUUUAGUUUCUCGAAAACACCAGAGUGCAGUCUCGACGAUGGGUUCGCUACCGUUUCGCUCGUUGUUAUUCGCAAGCAUCGCGGUGCUGCUGAUUUUUGCCAACGUCGAAGAAGCUCAGGCGAAGCGAAUGACCAGGUGCGAAGUUGCUCUUCAGCUUCAGAGGGCCGGAAUUUCGCGAACAUUCAUCGGCCACUGGCUCUGCCUGAUGGAAACUGUCAGCAAUCUACGGACCGACCUAGUCGUUGGACCUCAGCGAGCGUCCAGCUACAGUUACGGAAUAUUCCAAAUAACCAGCAACGGAUGGUGCGCGAGAGGACGACGCGGAGGAAUCUGUAACAUGCGUUGCGAAGAUCUUGCCAACGACAACAUUUCCGACGACAUUCAGUGCGCCAAGCAGAUAUACAAUUUGCAGGGAUUCAGGGCCUGGGAUGCAUGGACGAGGUCCUGCAAAAACAAACCCCCGUCCCAGCUGCCCAACUUCGCAAACUGUCGGCGACGCUAAUCGUGGGCUUUCAUUCCUCGUGGUAACUAUGCUGGCACUCCGUGACGCAGAGAAGUAGAAAGAAGCCGAGAUGUUGUAAUUGAAUUCUCUUCCUUCGUCGAUAUCAAUAUUUGUCGAGCAUCGCUUCCGGCUCUCGUGUAAUCAGGGACUUCGGAUUAUCAGAGCCCAGAUGAGAUCUUCGCAAGCGUGGAAGCUGAUCCGCUGGCUUCCUGCUUAUCCCAAGUCCUGGAGUAACUCGUACCGGAAAUGUAAUUACCGUUGACUAUCGUAGAGCUGAUUGGACGUAGCCGGUGUCGCGGAGGCCGUUCUGCCAAUCACAUCUUCCGGGUUCAAUUGUACCCGGUCUACUUGAUUUCCGCAGACUUAUGCCAUACAAGGUGAACUCUUCUCUGAGAAAGAAAGAGAGAGAAUUCGAUGUCAUUCCCAAAGUACAAUUCGCAGAUUUUGUGUUCGGUAUAACACAGUUCAUCGUUCCUUUGCACGUUCUAUAAUACAAGUGAUCUUUUUUUGUAUUUUCCUUUAGAGUAAGCGAAUUGCGUUUUGUGAAACUUGUCCAACGAUCUGAAACUAUGAAACUGUCGUACGCAUCCCCGCUAAGAUGAAAAUACAAUUUGAAUAUGUGUGAUACAUUUCCUCAUAGUUUCUUAUCUCUGUUUUACGGAGUGAAGAUAUUUACGUAUUCGCGAUUUACUAUCUUUUUCCGUGAUCCUAAAAUAUAAGCCAGUUUGAAAUAUUAAUAUGUUGGGUACGUCAUUUUUGAAUCUCUUGAACGAAAAAUUACAAUAUAUUGAUAUACUCAACUAUCCAAGUACCUAGGUAUAUAUAUUUUAUAAAUAUCCUAACUAUACGUUGUUGUUUGGAAUAAAAUUAACCUGAUAGAGAUUCAUUUUUAUCAAAAGUAACGUAAAUUAUUGUUGCAAUAAUUUAUGCGCUAUACUUGUAGAAUUAGCGUGUAUAGUACAUUUAUUACACGUAAAUGCUUUUAAGUUUAUCUCCCUUUAUAUUUUGGAUAUGAAAUUGUACGUAUAUAGCCUAAUGAUAUAAUGUAUGCGUGAGACGACAUGUUACACGUUAUUGUUUUUCUGGCAAGCGAACAUAAAUCUCAUUAAACAUACGCAUUAAAUCUGGUAUUCCCCUCCAGUUAUCGCAAAUUAUAUACUAUAUAGACUGUAGCAAACUACGACGCUGAGAAUAUGAGAUAAACUGAUUAUAUUUACACAGAAUACAUAAGGAGGGGCAAAAACCGCAAAAAAUAGUGCUAGUUUUUUACACAAGGCACGAUAUAUCACAUUUAUAACAUAUAAAAUAUAAAAUUAAACGUUAUUCAUAUUAUAUGUGAGUGAAUAUUUUAUAUCAAUUCAGCAUUUUGGUUCCGACUCAUUUGGUACACAGUUUUUCGGAAAUAUACAUAUAACAGCAAAGCGCACAGCAUUUAUUUUAUCUUCACACGGUUUUCUAAUUUUAUGACUGUUCAAAAUAGUCAAUUUCGGCAAUGAAAUCGAUGUACCUACAUUCACACAUGCGAGCAUCGAGAGUUUGUGGGCAUGUAAUGAACCAGAGAAAUUGUAAAGUGUUUUAAAAAUAAAUGCAGUUAUCUAGCCAGCUAUUUGCACCUCACACGAGUGUUAGUAACAGUUUCAUU